AACUGUUGAACUGUGCACAUCAGACAUGACGUGAAACAGCUGCAUCGUGUGGCCAAUGGUAAUUCAAAUAUGUAUAAAAAAAAAGAAAAAAAAAAGAAAAAAAAGCAUUAAGUUUGUCGAUGCUUUGUUCAACAUUUUUGUCCUUCUGUCCUCGGAUCCACGGCCGCGCUCCUCCACAUUCCCACUUCUCCCUCUCACUCUCCCAGGUACACGCCCUUUGACUUGUCAGGGGGGAAAAGUUUUAAGGAAAGAAAAAAACAAAAUCACGGAAGAGAUUCUGCAGUCCUACUAGUUUGGCAAGUUCUCUAGGCGCAAAGCAGCGUAGAAAGGCGGAGAAGAGGACAGAAACUCCGAUUUGACUUCAUUUUCCACACUGCUCUUGUCCUGCAGACGGUCCACGAAAGAAGAGUCAUGGAGGCUGCUAUUCAGACCCUGGUGAAGGUCUUCUUAAGGUCGAGCAAAGGAAAGGAGAGUCUUGGAAGGAAAGAAUUCCAGACCCUAGUCAAGACCCAGCUCGGCAACAUUCUGACGGGCGCAGACAGCAAUGAAGCAGUCAACAACAUGGGUAAAGGACUGGACGCAGACCAGGAUGGUAAAGUGGGCUUUAAGGAGUACAUGAAGCUGGUUGGCUACCUGGCCGUGUCGCUCAGUGAGCAGCGUGUCCUGGCUGCUCAGCAGGCAGAGCCCCCCCAAAACGCUACUUCAGAACAAGUGGCCCUGAGUGCACCUGCCGUCGAGGCGGAGACACCGGAGGCUAAGGCAGAGGUGAAGGCUGACGCAACACCAGAGGUGACGGAGGAGGCCAAGGCAGAAGCUGCAGCCGAGGUGAAGGUGGAGGCUAAUGCAGAUGCUAAGGUAGACGCCAAGGCAGAAGUGAAGGAGGAGGGGGAGACGCAGCCCGAGGAGGUGAAGGAGGAGGUGAUGGCAGCAGCGGCAGAAGUCGCAGCCGUCGCGAUGGAGGCGGCGACGGUGGAGGUGGUGACGAAAGAGGAGGUGAAGGUGGAGGAAACAGAAAAGGUGGAGGAUGCUGUUGAGACGGUGGCUGCGGCCGUAGAAGAGGCGGUGGAGAAGAAGGCGGAGGAGGCCACCUCAUAGUGGACGAUCCUUUCGAUGCCAAAACAACACACUACACACGUCAAACACGAGCAACAGCAGCAGUCAGAUUCUAGGCCAAACACACACACACACACACACACUUUAAAAUAGAACACAACGGUGAAACAAACAUGAAUUCAAACCCAAGUUUAAAGAAGCCAACUCCUCACCUUUGAUGAUGAUGAUUUUGUAGUCCUAGUUACCACUAUGUUGAUAUGUACAGCAUGAGCAGCCCACUAUCAGGCACAUUUACCUCGUCAUGAUCAUAUGCUAUGAUUGCAUGCUGACGUGCAUGACCCCCGUGCAUGCCAGACCCCUGUGACAUCAUCGCUGACAUCACCUGCACCUGAGACCAAAGUGUCGCUGCAUGCUGAUCCCACACCACUGCAGACAAGAGGUCGACUCCAGAUCACGUCCACUUCCUGUCCUAAUCUGGGUCGUCUUUUUAUCUCCAGUUGUGUCGUAACGUUGCUGUUCAGUCCUGCAGGUGUAACGUCACUUGUAUAAAUCUUACCAGGUACUAAUGGCUUCAAGAGUAGUUUGACAUUCUGGGAAUUCAAAUUGAUUUGCUUUCUGGGCAGGAUACAGGCUGCAGAAAACACUGCUCCAGCGCCACCUUUGGUUGCAGCAAUUUCAGCAAGGUAUAUCGUAACAGAGCUUAGGGCUGCUGCGUUCAGUCGCUAUGCUAUGCUAUGCUAAGCUAACUAGCCCCUAAAUACUGACCUUUUUUUCUUAACACUUGCCAGAAAGCAAAGCUGAUGUGAACCUGAGAAUGUUCAACUAUUCUCAUCACGGUUGCUAGUCCUGUCAAUAACACUAAACUUUUUUUACACAUUCUUACCUUUUAACUCACAGUGCUGUGGAGCUGAUUUGGCAUGACAAUAAACAUAUUGUUUUGCUGGAGCUUUGCAUUCAGCUCUCUGUGUAUUCACUGCCCCGUCACCUGGUCUGGCCUCUGUUCUUCUUCUUCUUCAUGGCUCAGUCCUUAUUUUCUCCGCUCUUUCUCUCCUGUUCCCACUGUGAUCUGCCUGGUCUGAUCCACGUAUGUUCUCACCUUUAUUCAGCCAUGCAUCAGGAAGUCAAAGAUCAGGCGUGGCCCUCGGCUAAAUAAUUAAGGCUCCAAGAUGGAACCCACACCACGGUGACCCUUACUUUUUUAAAAGGGUGCCCAAAAUAGACCCAUGGGAGUGAUCUGGUCACUGGAGGAGCAAGUGGGAGAAGGUGUCCGUGCAACCUAAUCCACCUUAAUUGGAAUAAAACACCAAGAGGUAAAGAAUCCCAGAGCAGAUGUCACCGAGCGGCACUUUGUUUUUGUCAUCUAAAUUACUCCAGGAUAGACUUAGUGCAAAUGUUAUGAUUGUGUCGUUCAUAAUCUCCUGAGUGAGCUGGGACUGUAGAGGUGGCUGAUCAGGGCCCGGCGGUAGCAGCAGAGUGGUUUUAGUCGGUCACACCCUGACACCGUGUCCAGACCCUGUUUGACGUGCAACCAGAUCCUGAUUCUGAGGCGUUGGGAAACUGCUGGAUUAGGCUUUUCAUGAGUAACACACCCUGGGACGCAAGCAAUUACAGGAGAAGUACUCCUGGCCUGCACCGGUCCUGCCGUCAGACCAGCCGGCAGCGUCUUUAUUUGUUAUUACAAUACUGAGCCAUCAACAUGAUGAGAUGUGGUGUUAUCUUGUUUGUUUUACGACUAAUAAUUAAAAAUGUUGCAUGCUGUCAGAGAAUAUCACUAAUGUAUUACCACUACCUUAGCCAUUAUUUAAUGUUUUUUUUUUAAUAUCUGUAACCUUGGAGACCACUAUGGAGAUCCCUUGAAACAGAGUUCUGGUGCAGUUUGUUAAUUACCAUUUAAUGAUUUGUAAAUUGUCUCCUCAUCAAUAAUACAACCAUGAGAAACAAACAGGCGGCUCGUGUUGCACGGCUGUAUCCUACUGUAGGUCUGCCUGGAUGAUUGCGUAGACAAAGUAAGGGCACGUUUCUGGCCCGGUACCAGCGGUGCACCUGUGCACGGUAACAGUACCAGGUACUUCAAACUGGACAAAAAACAGGUCAAAACAAACAGACGGAGUCAUGUGGUAACCCUGUCUGACUGUGACACUCCCAUUGUAAAUAACACAGUUGUUCUCAGCCUUCAAAAUCACACUCUGAUCUACUAACACUCUUAUUAAAGACAGUUUUACUAUUAAAUCCUUUAUUAAAUCUUAUAUAAAUUUUAUAUAUACAAAGAAAUGGUACUUCCUGUGAUUUAUGGAAACAUAUGACUCUUGCUCCAUCUGCAGCCUGCUUCAUGUUCACUGCAUGUUUUAUGAGCUGUACAUAGCCUCCUCUCAGACUUCUCUUACAGUUCUUUCCUCUCCGUCCACAUGUUUAAACACUGUGGUUUUGUUAAUUUUUGUUUUUUUUAAUCUUUUUCUUCCUUUCAGAUUCCAUUUUUGAAAUGUGAUCUUUGUGUUCCUUCUUUGCUCUCAAUCACCAUAAGCCAAACUCUGGUGAGAAGAAACUGGAUCAACAGGCGACCUUCACUUGACUAAUGUGUUGGAAUGACCUGACUUGCACUAGCCUCGGGCUCAAACAUCAUCUGGAAUUGUUUUAUCUCACUCCGUGUUUUCUUCUAAAUCCUCUCGGAGCAGCAGAUGGACGGAGCGAGCCGUGAGCGCCAGGCUCUCUCUUUCAGACUGAGAGGUCCCGCUGUCCGUGUUGGCAGUUUUUCUUCUUUUUGUUUCUGUCCCAUAGUGUUAGAAAACCCCACCCUGCCUCGAAUCCAUGUAGAUUAAAAACAGGCCGUAACCAAACACAGCAGAUUUGCAGCAGGGAGUGUUUGUAGCCAGAUUUUUCACCACGGCACAAUAAGUCUGAUUCAACUGCCGAGCAUGAAAGACAUGAGAAGAACAAGUGAACACAGCACGGCUGUGUUUGGCUGUGUUUGGCUGUGUUUGGCUGCAGAGGCGGCCGUUGGUGAUCUGUGAUUGUGGAACCAUUUCCAGGAUACUGUGCAGGUUUUCCUCCUUGUAUGUUGACGAUGUGCUCUGUUUGUUUCCUGCCAAGUACUAGAGGGCGUGUGUGUUCAGCAGUUGGACUCAUCUCCAUCUCCAUUCAUUUAUUAAACUGCUCUAUGCAAGUAUUUCACCUUCAUAUGUAAUGCUGUAUCAUUUGUGCUUAUUCUAAAGUGUAAUGGCUAAUAUUGAAUUAAACUGUGACAAUCAU